GUGUUGGCGGACGUGACUGUGAGUGCCACAGCUGCUGAGAAAGUGAAGAGUGCUGUACAGAAAGUGAAGGAUCGAGCCCAGAAGAUCGUAGAUGAGAUAAACUCAGAGAAAUCUGUGGCUCAUGCUAAAUUGGCGGCUGCUAAACCUGCAUUACAGGAGGCAGAGAAUGCUCUUAAAACUAUCAAGCCUUCAGACAUUGCCACUGUGAAGAAGCUGGGAAAACCACCUCAUCUCAUCAUGAGGAUUAUGGAUUGUGCGCUCCUUCUCUUCCAGAAGAGAUUAGAUACUGUGACGGCGGACCCAGAACGGAUUUGUCCCAAACCAUCGUGGGGUGAAUCUCUCAAG